AAAAGCUGAUCGUGAUUAGUGUUCUGUGAUUAUUAUUUUUACAUUGUAUAUUUUGAUUGUUAUUUGUAUUGUAAUGAUUGUUAAUAAUUUAUUUUGAUCGAAAAUGGUCAUCAAUGACUGCUAAUAAUUGUAAAUAUUGAGCGUGAGACGCAUUCGCUUUAUCCUAUAAAAGAAUUUGGGGAUAUGACUUUGGAAGAUCCAUUUUUUGUUGUGAAAGAUGAGGUUUUUAAAGCUUUGAACAAAACUCGAGGACUUUACCUCCGAUGGAUUGAGAUUCAGGAAGAUCCUAUUUGUGUGUCAAAAGAAGAAAUUGAAUGGAUAAAUACUGAGCUUAAAAACUCUCUCCGAAGUAUAGAAUGGGAUUUGGAAGACUUGGAAGAUACAAUUGAUAUAGUUGAAAAGAACCCAACCAAGUUUAAGAUAGAUAAUAAGGAGCUAACACUGAGGAAAAAAUUUAUUGAUAGUACCCGGGAAGAAGUGAAACUGAUGAGAGAUAAAAUAAAUAUGAACCGUGGAAGGGACCGUGAUCAUACAGCCCGGCAGCCUUUGCUGGAUACAAGUGAGGUUAAGGUCACAAAUACUAGGGGGACAACUAAAUAUUCUAAAUUGGAAAAUGACACUGAUAGUCCUCAAAGAAAUUUCAUCAAAGAUACCUUUGCACAACAACAGUACUUGACUAGACAACAGGAAGAGCAUCUAGAAGCAAUUGGAGAUAGUUUGGGGUCCCUCAAAAAUAUGUCGAGGCAUAUUGGAAUAGAACUGGAUGAACAGGCAGGUAUGCUGGAUGAGUUUGGGACUGAAAUGGAUACAACUGAGUCCAGAAUGGACUCAGCAAUGAAGAGAAUGGCUAAAGUUCUUCAUAUGACAACUGAUCGACGCCAGUGGACUGCUAUCAUCGUUUUAUCUAUUAUUCUAUUCAUUGUGAUACUUUUGUUUAUAAUACUGUGAUUUUAAUUUGCCAUUUUUACUAUGAGACUUAGUACAAUAUUUUAUUUUAUUGUAGGUUAUAUAUAGAAUUCUUUGUUGUUGAUGCAAUUUUAUAAUGUCUGGUAAUUACUAUUUAUUAUUUUUAGUAGAGUGGGAUAUUGAUAGAUUUUUAUCUUAACUUGGGGAUCAGAACAACCAAAAGUAACAAAAAAAUCAAUUAGGAAGUCAAUCAGCGACACAAACUGUAAGAAUUGUUAUUAUUGAUAUUAAUAUUUUUCGAAUCCACACAAUCUAAGAUGUUAAUGCAAUUGAAUAUAAGAUGAAUAAUGUUGUCAGCUCCAGCCUUUUAUCCAUAUGUAACUUUUUUUUUCUAUAAGCCUGUUCACAAAGCCCAGCAUGUUCAAAGUUGAGAGAGAUUGGGACAGUGUUUUUCCAAUACUUUCGCGAAAAACUGAAUACAGUAUAACCUCUAUAAUACAAGCAAUUAAUUGCCGAGAGGUUAUCCAUAUUAGUAAUGUGUCCUGCUUCCGGAAUACUGAAUUUAGGUUAAAGAAAAUUAUUUCAAUAAUAAAUUCGGGAAAAUUCAUAUUAUUUCAUUUGUUUGAAAUUCGACCUAAAGACAAAAUUAGUCUUUAGCAUAGUUAAAAUUUUGUGGGGAUUCCAAAUAUAUAAUAAAAUAUAGGGUGUCCCUCUUGGAAUAACAGAGUUUUUUUCAAUUUGCGGUAUUAUCUUAUUAAGUCAUGAUGUACCAGGUACAAUGCUUUUUGUAAUGGUGAGUUCAAGCAAAGUUACUCAGAACUAAUACCUAAGAAAUGGACCAAUCUGUUUGUCAGAUGGCAAACUAAGGGUACUGCCACUAGGAUUGGUCCCUUUUUUACGUAUUAGAUCUUAGUAACUCUGCAUAAACUCACCAUAAGGAAAAACUAUGUGCCUUGGCUGAUGCCUAAGGACAGCUUGGUGGCAAGUUCAAUUGUUUUGAUUCGUAAUAUACGUCCUUUUAUCCCCUUUUUUGUUCUCCAAAAGACUGGAAGAAAAAAUAUUCGAAAAACAGUGAAUAUUUCCGUGUUAUAGGGGUUAUAUUAAUGAAUUUGGUAUCAGAAUAUAUUUUUUCUUCAACCAAUUUCUUUGCUCAAUAGAUUUUUUUCAAUGCUAUAUAAUUCAAACUAGUCACAUUAAUAUUUAAGUUCAACUGCAGAGAACUCAUGAAGUGUUUCACAUUUUUAUUCAGAUUUGUUGGCCUAACAUGUGAUGAUUUCAAAGAUAAAGAACUUCUCAUUCCGAAAAUCAUUUAAGUUGCAAUUUCAGAUAAUUUAUAAUUAGAGAAUGAGAUUCAUUUGCCUAAUCAGUGUAGACUAUAUACCACUUUGCAUACUGUAUAAUACUUUCGAUACUGAAGUGAAACAUGUGCUGCACUCUAUGACGACCUAUUUCCUAGCAUACAAAGGUUUUGACCAACAAAGUAUAAUUUAGUAGCACCAAGCCAUUUGAAUUGAUAAUGCAGAAAAUGUUUCGGUUUCAAUCUUUAAUUCAAUGAACAUCAAGGCUAGGAACGUAUUUAAUAAAAUUAAAAAAAUGAAAUAUUUGAGGCAUAGUAAAUUGAUUUUAUUUUCGCAAUUUUUUUCGUUAGAAUCUCCCCUCAAAAUGAAACGUUCUUUUUGUUCCAUUUGAAAAUUUCCUCGUAAGUUUAUUUUAAGACAUUGGAAGAUAUUAUCCAGCAAACUUUCAAAAUUCUAUUUGAAUACUUGAAUAAAUUCGAAUUUUUUUACAACAGUUGUAAAAUGAACUUGUUCAAAGGGCUUCUAACUUGUUUGAGUAAUACGGACUUAGGACCAAGUUGCCAUUUAUGUAAUUCCUCGAAUUCCGCAAUUUGUUAAUCCAUUGCUAUGAUUUCGAAAUAAAAAACGCGCUAGACGUGACGAAAAUGAUGAAUAUACGCCGUGAAAAUGCACGUUUAUGACUGAACCGUACGGUAAAUACCCGAUCGUCUGAAAGCUGCAGUGCUACUACGUAUCAUGUAUGCGCCGCCGAGAAUAUUAUUUGAUUUUCGUAACGAAACGGAUUCUAAAAACGUGUAGAAGGUGCCAUUCAUAUCGAUGUAUCUCUGGACAUCAGGUUAAAACCCUACGGUAAAAACCGGAUGAUGUGAAAAGAGCCUAACUGAAUCAAUUCUUUAUUAAACUUCUCUUCCUCGGUGGUAGACAUUUUGGAAUUUACAUUUCAUCGAUCAAAACUUGAUACUUUCGGCGAUCGAUUAAUGAAUUGAUUCAAUAUUCUCUAUCCUUGAACAUAUAUAGGUACUUAUUUUUUUGUCGCAUGCGAGCCUGCAAAUUGACCAAUGAAAUCUAUCAAUUACUGUUUUCGUUCGACAAUUUAGUGAUGUCGCAGGCGACAUAGACAUAGAGACAUGGAGUGUGCCUUCCUUUUCUAUCUGUACAUGAAAUACGGUCAAAAAAAGUGACAGAGAAACUGAACAUCGGGCCUGCUAGUUAUCCUUCUAGAAUUUUGAUUGAUCCGCACUCUCCUCUGUGUCAACAGAAAAGAGACAGAUAUUGGCCCGACGAUCAUUUCUCUCUUUCUAUAAAAUAGCCAAUUUAAUGCUGGUAUUGCUCAAUCCAUGUCUCUGGCAGGAGACGAUACUCUUUUGGUUGUGAAUGUCAAAUUGUUCAGUCACCUGAGGACACCUGAAUAUCGGCCAUCUUCUAUCUCGUAUAAUAAUGUUACAGUGGCUGUGAACAAUUUUGUAGAAAAUAAAUUUGUUGGAAUUGUUCAUAUACAAUUUCUGUAAUAGAUAAAAUAAAAUAUUUCUGAGGGAAAUGCAGAUAGGAAUCGUUUAGCUCGUAAUUGAUACAACCUUUUCUUAUAUUUAUUUUUGCCUCCCUAUUCAACAAGGUUUUGUUACUAACAGAGCUUAUUGGCUUUUUUAUUUCUCAGUGAAUUUUUAAUGAUAUUUAUGGAAGCUAAAAAUAUUUCUUGGAACAAUAUUUGAAACUUCAUUGCCCAGUACCUAAUCGGGUAUUUACCGAUAUAUGUCUGUAUUUUUCCUUUCAUGUUCACCGAGAAUAUUCAACACUUAAAAUUAUGUAUGCUUUUUUAUAUAAACUCAUCUUAUUUCAGACUGAAAUGUAAUGGUUAAGGACUGGUUUUCUUUCAUGAUAGGAUAUUUAUUUUCAUUAUGGCAAUCUAGUGGUUUGUUUUGAAUAUUUGGAAUCUAAUGUUUGUCUGAUUUAUUUACCUUUUAUGGUAUCUAUAUGUAGGUAGCUAUUAGGAAUGUACCAAAAAUAUAAUAAUGUAUAAAGAGUCUAUGUUGUUGCAUAUUAUUAUAAAGAUAUGUCUAGUGAAAUUGUAGCUACAAUUUUUUAAUUGUUUGAAAUACAUUGAUCGAAAAAUUU